UAUUCUUUAAGAACUGAUCGCACGUCUGAUACUUUUCAGUUAAGUCGUGACUUCCAAAUGGAAGUACGAAGAGUUUUGUUUUUGUUUUGACUGGUUUGUGCAUUUAUUAGCUGUUUGGAUUUGGAUACGAUUUUUCGACCGUCUAUAAUUGAUAUUCCGAGAUGGCCACUUCGCAGAUUUUAGGAUUCUACGAAGAAACCAACGUGUUUAUAACAGGUGGUACUGGUUUCCUCGGGAAGUUACUUAUAGAAAAACUUCUUAGGAGUACUUCAGUCUCAACAUUAUAUUUAUUAGUUAGACCCAAGAAGGGCAAAGAUGUCGACACAAGAAUAAAAAAUAUAUUCGAAGAUGUGAUUUUCGAAAAAUUACACCAGGAGUGUCCGAAAUUUAUACAUAGAAUCGUGGGUGUCAACGGAGAUGUGUCUCUGCCUGAUUUAGGAAUAUCUAAGACAGACAGACAGAUGCUGGUAGAAAAGAUCGACAUCAUUUUCCAUGUCGCCGCUACAAUGAGAUUUGACGAAAAUCUUAAACACGCAUAUUGCGUCAACGUUAAAGGAGCUCAGGACAUUAUCAAGCUUGGAAAGGAUUUGAAACACCUCAAGAGUUUAAUGCAUGUUUCGACAGCUUUUUCAAAUUGUCACGUCGAUGAGAUAGAAGAAAAAUUUUAUGAUCACCCCAUUCAUUAUGAGAAAGUAGGGCAAAUGCUAGAAACAAUGACAGAAUCAGAAGCUGACAAGCAUACAAAGAGCAUCAUAGGACUUUGGCCUAAUACAUAUAGUUUUACGAAAUCCCUAGCUGAGUCAAUGAUAAGAGACACAAAUGAAGAAAUGCCGGUAGGAAUUUUCAGACCAUCAAUAGUUAUUUCGACCUACAAAGAACCAAUAGAAGGAUGGAUUGACAAUUUGUAUGGUCCAACCGGACUUUGCGUAGGGUCAACCCUAGGACUGUUGAGAGUAACUCAAUGUGAUACCGACAAAAUUGCCGAUUUAGUACCAGGCGAUAUGUGCGUAUCAGCCUUAAUUGCUGCAGCAUGGGACAUUGCGCAGAAGCAUAAGGGACAAAGCAGUACCGAAGAAAUUCCUAUAUAUAACUAUGUCUCCAUGGAUAACAAUAUGACGUGGGGAGAAUUUGGUGUAGUAAAUCUCAUGCAUGCCAAAAAAUUUCCAUUCAGAAAGGCUCUAUGGCUAGUGAAUACCACAUUUAUGUGUAACACCUACAUGUAUAUGAUUAUGAAGAUAUUUUAUCACCUGAUACCAGCCAUUGUUAUAGACGCAAUCAGUGCAUUAUUUUUCAAGAAUUUAGGGUUGUGGAAAAUGUACCGAAAAAUUCACAAAUUAUCUCAUGUCGUUUCUUUUUUUUGUCUAAGAGAAUGGACAUUUUCGGGUAAUAAUAUUGUUAAGUUAUGGAACAAAUUGGACGAUGCAGAAAGGAAAUUGUUCUUCUUUGAUAUGAAGUCGUUAGACUUGUGGGCGUAUUACAAGAACUACCUUCUGGGCAUCAGGAAAUACAUCAUGAAGGAUUCUCUUGUCUCUUUGGAAGCAGCAAGGAGAAAACAGCGAAUUUUUUCCGUUCUUCACAACAUUAUGCUCGUUUUUCUCUAUUUUACGAUGUCAGUAUUGGUUUGGACUGUUUUUCAGAAGUUAAAAGGUGAUCAACAACCUUGUGUGGAUAGAAAUUGAAUGAAAUAUAUUGUGAACUAGAAAAUAUUUGUGCAAAUUGUUAUGUUAAGUACACUUAGUUGCGACAAUAGAUGAAUAUAUUUAUUUCAAUUGUCAAUUGAAUCGCAACUGUAUUUGUUUGUUUUAAAAAAAAUAAAAUAUUAUUCUUA